AUGCCUAUAGCCGUUCCCAACGACUGGGCUGUCGACGAGAGCAAAAGUCGGAGCCCCAUGGCCUCGCCGAGUCUUCGUCAGCCCGACGAUGGCUCCUUCUAUGAACCCUAUCAGCCUCCACAACAGUCAUAUCAGUACGAGCAGCCACCCCCCUCGCCUUCGACUGCCGGUAGGCCUCCUCGCCAACCUUUCCCCCCCCGAUCCGCCUCCAACGCUCCGCCAUACGCUCCCAUGCCAUCGGCCGCCCUGCCGCCAUCCCCCGCCACAUAUGACGGCUCGCCCCGGCCCUUCCCCCACGGUCACCCUCCUCCGCCUCCCUCCCUCAAGAUGGGACGUCGGCCUCCGGACCUCGCCUACAUCCCGCCCGCUGCUGGGUCUUAUUCUCGCUGGGACACUCUCCCCCGCAACGGCCCCUUCUCCCCAGCCGUCAGCACACCGUCCUCGCCCAUGUUCGGCCCCAACGGCCCCCCCCCACCCCCAGGUCCCCUCGGCGGUCCUCCGCCUCCUCGGCUACGUUCCCGUCCAACGACACCCGCCCUCGACACCACGGCAUUUCCCGAAUUCCCUGGCGAACCUGCGAGGCCCAUGACAGGAAUGUCAUCGUCGUCCGAAGUGCGUACUUUCCAGGGUCGGGAUGGUGCAGUCGGUGCCGGCGCUGGCGUAGUCGGCAACUUUUCCCUCCCACGGAAGCUGAGCCUCAAGCAGCCCAUCUUCGGAGAUAUGUCUGGCUCACCAGGCCUACCGCCUCUGCCUCCGCCUCUCACCCCGUCCGAGGAGAUUCACAUGGACAUGUCCUCCCCGGCGGGCCGCCUGCCUAGCCCGAGCCCCUGGCAGCGCCCCAGACGGCCGUCAAUCAUGUCAAACGUGUCGUCGUCCACAUGGGCCCCCGGAUUUUCGCCGACGACGUCAGAAUUUCCCGACUCUCGUAACGGCCCGCCACGCGUGAGGAAUGUCGGGCGGCCUCCGCUGUCCGCCACCCGGCCUCAUUUUGGCUACGGUAAUAGGGUGGAUAGCGCGCGUUCCGCACCUACCAUUGGUGGUGGGGCCACCACCCCCUGGGCUAGCGGAGAUGAGCUGAGAUCCAGUUUCAGAUCUCAGCUAACUGCCAGCUCUGCACCAGGCACAGCCUACACCGAACGUAGCAGCGUCCUCACCAAGGAGAGCUCUGCCACUUCUCUCGAUGCCCACCAAGAUGGCGACGUCGAGGAGCCCAGUUUAGAGGAUGUCAUGGGAAUGUAUGAGAAUGGCUUUGACGACGACGGGGAAAACCAUUAUGAAGACGACCAACACAACCAGACUCACAGCCACAGCCACAACGCCAACAAUAGCCACAGCAGCAACAACAGUCCCGACAAUCUCAACAACAACAUCAAUAUUGACAGGAGCGUCAACAAUAAUGACAACGACAACAACAACAACAACAACGACGACGUAACCGAUAGCAAUAUCCAAAACCACGACCAACGACUCGAUAACAGUUCAUCCGACCGAGACGCCGACGACGAGGCAGACUAUUAUUCCCGCCCCCCAACGGCUGCCUCGGAACAGUAUCCGCCUACCUCAUCGUACGACGGGCCAACGACUGAACCUAUAAUGGAGUCCGCCGACGUUACAGCUGUACCACAACCGUCCCCUGCUCGUCCGGCGUCGCCGCCGCUUCCGACAUCGAGGCUCGACGCCGAGAUUCGACAAUCCAAAAUGAUCUUCACCAGCCCGGCAUUUGUCGCUUCCGUGCCUCACCUGGCGGCCUCUUCCAUGAAGCCUGUCGGCGGAAACAUCAAUGGCGACGACGAAUUCGACGAAGACGAAACCGAGAGACGUGAUUCGUCGAUGCGGUCCGACACGUCGGGCACCACGGCCACCACGGCCACCCACCAGUACCACCCGUAUGGUGUCGACCGAGGACCCAACGGCUCGCCGCAGGCCUUCUCGCCAUCGGACGCCGUCGGCUACGACAUGCCGCCGAUGACGCACGCCGACUCGGUUCAGGAUCACGACGACACCAGGGGCCCGUCGCCCCAACCCUCCUUCGUGCCAUCCACCCGUAGCUACUCCCAGCCGAGCCCUCCGCCGCCAGGCCCCGACCUGCCCGUCGAGGUGGAGGAGCCCGGUUCACGAGACCGCUACGGGUUCAAGAAGGAAUCGCAAUACAUCUCGCGUAAGCAGUACGACGAUUGGGACAAGGGCUACACGGAGUACCUGGACCGCCGGAAGAAGAAGUGGACGGCCUUCCUCAAGGAGAACUCGCUCAUGACGGACGAGCCCAACCGCUUCCCGUCGCCGUCGGCCAAGACCAAGAAAUUUGUUCGCAAGGGCAUCCCACCCGACUGGCGAGGCGCCGCCUGGUUCUACUAUGCCGGCGGACCGGCCAUCAUGGCCAAGCACGGCGGGCUGUACGCUAAGAUGCUGCAGAAGAAGGCCAAGCGGAUCGACGUCGAGGCCAUCGAGAGGGACCUCCACCGCACAUUCCCCGACAACGUCAACUUCCGGCCGCCAGGCUCGACAUCCAUCAACGCGGGCGACCACAAGAUCAUCGACUCGGCCGACACGGUUCAGCCUAAGCCCGAGGAGCCGCCUAUCAUCUCUUCGUUGCGGCGGGUGCUCUUCGCCUUCUCCAUCUACAACCAGAACAUUGGGUACUGCCAGAGUCUCAACUUCAUCGCCGGCAUGCUGCUCCUGUUCGUCGAUAAUGAGGAGCAGUGCUUCUGGCUGCUCAACGUCGUCACGCAUAUCUACCUCCCCGGGACUCACGAGCUCAGUCUCGAGGGCUCCAGGGUGGACCUGAGCGUGCUGAUGACGGAGAUUCGCGACACGAUGCCAGCGGUGUGGGACAGAAUAGGUGGGGAGCUGGAGGCCCAGCCCAACGGGGGCGCAGCGCGGCCGUCGACGGGCCGGUCCCUGCGACGACCGAAGCUGGGGCGACGCAAGGACCAGACGACGUUGACGACGGAGAGGCUGCCCCCCAUCACCAUGUGCAUGACGGCGUGGUUCAUGAGCUGUUUCAUCGGCACGCUGCCGAUCGAGACGACGCUGCGUGUCUGGGACGUCUUCUUCUACGAAGGAUCCAAGACGCUGUUCCGCAUCGCGCUGGCCAUCUUCAAGAGCGGCGAGUCCGAGAUCCUGUCGGUGUCUGAUCCUAUGGAGAUGUUUGGCGUGGUGCAGUCGAUGCCUCGCAAGAUGCUGGAUGCCAACGCGCUGUUGGAUACAUGCUUCCGCCGACGCAACGGCUUCGGCCACCUCAGCCAGGGGGCCAUCGAUGAGCGUCGACAGGCUCGACGCGAGGAGGCUCAACAGCAGAAAUUGGGGCAGGGGCAGGGAGCCAGCAGUGGUGGCGGUGAGGGUAAGGGCUUGUUUGGCCGUAAGAAGUAG